GCUUGUUGAUGGACCCCGCAGCAUGUGAACAUGGCGGCGGUCUCAAGGCUGUGCUGUGUCCUCCGGUUAUCAUUUGAUGGUGUUGGAACACUGAGAGCACUAGGGGGCGCCGCUCACUUCUCCCACUUGGCCAGACGCAGUCCCACCCAAUAUGCACCAGUCACUGUAGCCCUGCAACAGACCAGACAUGGUAGCUUCUUCAACAAAUUGACAGCUGAACAGCUUUGGCGGGGUGUCCUAGCUGAGACCGGCGCUGGUGCCAGAAAGGGCCGGGGAAAGAGAACCAAACGAAAAGUGAGGAGAGAUCUCAACAGAGGCCAGAACCUUGGAGAAGGCCGUGCUGGGUACCUGUGGCCUGGUCUGAACACGGCAGUGUAUAAGGAUGGGUCUGUCCAGAGGCCCUCACAGCGGGGAGAGGCAGAGCAAAAGGAGGUGACGGCAGCCCUGGAUCGCCAAAGAGAUGAAUGGGACAAACGUAGAAAGACUAAGAUAAAAAGAGAGAGAGGAUGGACCGGCCACUCCUGGGGUGGGAUCAGUCUAGGCCCUCCAGAUCCAGGGCCUAAUGGAGAAACAUACGAAGAUUUUGAAUCACGAAUCAUUGAGGUCAAGAGUGUGUUUAACAUCACAGCCAAAGAGGGCAGGAAAAGGUCUAUCAGCGCUCUGGUUGCUGUUGGUAAUGGAAACGGCGCCGCAGGAUUUGCGCUGGGGAAAGCAGCAGACAGAAACACAGCACUAAGAAAAGCCAAGAACCGAGCUGUGCAUUAUCUCUACUACAUCGAGAGAUACAACAACCAUACUAUAUAUCAUGACAUCGAGUCCACCUUUAAAAGGACCACACUGAGAAUGAAGAAACAGAACAAAGGUUAUGGCUUGCAUUGUCACCGGGCAGUGAUCACUCUCUGUAAACUGAUUGGAAUAGAAGAUAUGUACGCGAAAGUGGAGGGUUCAGUCAAUCUGCUCAACAUCACCAGGGCUCUCUUUCACGGCCUAGCCAAUCAGGAGACUCAUCAGACUCUAGCUGAUAAAAAGCAGCUUAACGUUGUGGAGUUUCGUGCUGAGCAGGGGCCUCUGCCGAUCGUGGUGGCCCGACCACAGCUGGGUGCCCGUAAGGAGCCUGAGGUUGAAGAUGAGUUGCCCAACACACGUCUACACUGGGCUGAAGUGAAGGCUGCCCAGGGUGUUAAGAGAUCAGUGUGGGCAGGGGUUAAACGGACCAUCUGGUGAUCUGAACUAGACUCUCAAUAUUGCUAUGCACACUGCAGGCCAACUCUUUUGUACAGAUCUGAUCACCGUAUGCUGGGGAAAAUGUUUAGAGUUGGGGGCAGGUGCUUGGAUUGGAAGCAUGCUCCUUAAGAGUCAUUUCAUUACAAAUUAAAGAUAUUAAAUUGUUGCUAACCCUUUUGCAGAAGGAACAUUGAAGUGAAUGUGUAACCAUAUGAGUUACAAUUCUUCAGUUCGUCAGACUUUCCUCACACUUACCUGUGUCAUAUUAAUGUAAGAGCACCAAUACAUCUAAAAUAAAUCCAGUUUGGGUAAAUCUUU